AUGUCCCGCAGGCAGGCGGCCAAGGCGCGGCCUGGUGGCGGGGGCAAGAAGGCGGAGCUGGAGCGGAAGCGGGACGAGCGGGCGGCCCGCCGGGCGCUGGCCAAGGAGCGCAGGAACCGGGCGCCCCCGGAGGACGGCGGCGACGCGGCCCAGGAGUUCGUGAGCUUCGGCAACCAGCUGCAGGCGCUGGGCCUCAAGCUGCGCGAGGUGCCGGGCGACGGCAACUGUUUGUUCCGGGCCCUUGGUGACCAGCUUGAGGGGCACUCCAGAAACCACCUCAAAUACCGCCAGGAAACAGUGGAUUACAUGAUAAAGCAGAGGGAGGAUUUUGAACCUUUUGUUGAGGAUGAUGUUCCCUUUGAGAGACAUGUUGCCAAUUUGGCGAAGCCUGGUACAUUUGCUGGCAAUGAUGCUAUUGUGGCAUUUGCAAGGAACAAUCAAAUGAAUGUGGUUAUUCAUCAGCUCAAUGCCCCUCUGUGGCAGAUUCGAGGCACGGAUAAAAGCAACGCAAGGGAACUUCACAUCGCCUAUCGGUAUGGAGAGCACUACGAUAGCGUGCGGAGAAUAAAUGACAACUCUGAAGCUCCCGCACAUCUUCAAACAGAGAUGCUGUGUAAAAAUGAAUCUAAUAAGAGGGAGAAAAUCAAGCCACAGAAGGACGAAUCUGAAGAGGAGUUACAGGAUGAAGUGGAAGAUGCUGUACAAAAAGUCUGUAAUGCAACCGGGUGUUCGGAUGUUGAUUUAAUCAUUCAGAUUCUGGAAGUGAAGAACUACGAUAUUGAUUCUGCGAUAUUUGCUGUUCUCCAAGUGAACGAAGUGAAAAGAAUCUAUUCUGAAGAGGAAUAUGAGACCCAGGCCAAAAGUAAGAAGUCACAGAGCUCAGCCUUGUGGGAGGAGAAUGGAAGUGGCACCAGAAUCUUUGGAAAUCAGGGAUUGCAUCAGGAUGGAACAGAAAACAACAAGACACAGGCUAGUCCAGAUGAAGAGAAUCAAACCAACAAAAAACAUUUCCCAAAGGUAUCCAAUAAACAAAGGAAGGAGCAGCAGCGGCUAGAGAAGAAGAAGCGGCAAGAAGAAAGGCACCGGCAGAAAGUCCUGGUCAACAGGAGUAACAAUGCAGAUAACAACAGGAGCGAGACAGACUCGGAUACACAAGUCACCCUGGUGAAGACUCUUGCAGCUCUGAACAUAUGACUGAUGUAUUGUGUGUUCUUUGAUGGAAUAGGUGAAUGGCAAAUAAGACUGAUCAGGAAGGGCACUGAGCUUUCAGACAAAG